AACUGUGAGAAGUACUAUCAAAAAAAAUAAAAAAUUAAAUUAAAUAUUUUCAAGAAUUUUGUAACUAUUUAUAGUGAAAAUUAAAAUGGAACGACCAAAACGUAAAGCCCAUAAGAACGCGACCAUAACAAACCUUUUGCGUUCGAUAUCUACUUCCAAGCCUGUGGCACCUAAGACUAAGACGGUUUCCACGCAAACCGAACCGAUGCAGGAAGAAAAUUUCGAUGGGAAGAGAUCGAUAAAGCCCAAGCCAAAAGGGCUGCAGGAGAAAAAGCCGGAUUUGCCCGAGGAUGUGCCUGUCGCUGAGAUGGGCAAGCCGGGCACCAAGAACAAGGCAUCUCAGACCCAGAGGAUUGUACAGAAGCGUGUCAAGUGUGAAUCGGUGUUGGAGACUCUGGAAGCCACGAUGCGAAAGAGGCGCAAAAUGUCCAAUGAGGAGGAUCGAAUGCGCCUGAAGAGGCUCAUGGCCGAAAUCAACAACGAUCCGCCGCCUAGCUGGAACAUCGCCUCGCUCAUGUGGCUGGACGUGGAUGUGCUGGAGCGGCGCAUCGAAGAAUAUGAAAAAGAGGAAGAAGAGAAAAAAAAUAAAUCAAAAAGAAACAAGAAAGAAGGAGAUGAUUAAAAAAAAAAGUAAAAACAAGAGAGACAGUAAACUGAUGUGGAAUAUAAUAUAAAAUAUAUAAUAUACUAUUAAUUAAUUCGUCAAUAUUAAAAUGAGAUAAUUGGAGAUCUCACGGAACUCUUCAGGAACUGAACAAUACAGACACACGCUGUAUACCAACUAUAAUCUUAUUCGACAGAGAUGGAGGCGGCCAGAUAUCUAAAGUAAAUUCAAGGACCUCAUAAACCGAAGGAUUUUUUUCCCCCAAUUGUCAAUAUUCAAAACAAAAAUAGCAACAUGAACUUACAUUGAAGAUUCCAAUUUUUUUAUAUAUUAUUUCAUAUUUCAAUUUA